CCGACGGGGAGGACCGACGAGCCACCAGGGCACAAAUGACUUCACACUUCAUUAGAAAGGAGUAAACAGAAGGAUUUUGAGAGAAAAAACAGGACCUUUGAACAACUGGACUUUUUCUUCUUUUUCUUCUUCUCCUCUGCACGCGCUGGAUAUUUUCAUUUAGUUAAUCAUGUCGGAGGAAUAUUUAGCUUCGCCUGUGUGAGACCUUCUUCCUCUUCCAGAGCAAAAAGCCCUACCUGGCUCAGGUCUCAUGGAGACUGUCUGGAGAUAGCUCGCGUUCACAAAAACAUGUAAUUACGUUUCCUCUAGGGAGCCAAGCCCCGCCGUUGGCAUCUGAAACAGCUGUGUCGUGUCAAGAAGAUUGUGGAUUAACGUUUUUUUUUUUUCCUUCUCUUUUCCCCCCCUCCCUCCCCGAGUAAAACCACAGACCCCGUUAUUUAUUUUUUUCCAAAUGAGCGUCGACUUAAUUGAAUCCGCUACAUGAGCGGAGGCAACACAAACGCCUAUUUCUCCCGGGGAGUGCACAUUUUUUUAAAUCUGCCCCAGUUUGCCCCUGGAAAAAAAAUAUGGAAAGCGAGGUUUUCACCCCUCUGCUGGAGCAGUUUAUGCUCACGCCGCUGGUCUGCUGGGUGAAGACGGUCGGCCAUGCGACGUUGACCGAAGGCACCGCGUUAUCGGAAUAUAUCGAACUCGUGGAUGGGAUUUACCUGAACGAGAUCAUGCUCGAGAUAAAUCCGAAGGCCACGGUGCAGAGGACCAACAAGAAGGUGAACAAUGACCCCACACUGCGCAUCCAGAACCUCUCUAUUCUCAUCAGGCAGAUUAAAGCCUACUAUCAGGAGACCCUCCAGCAGCUGGUGAUGAUGCCGUUACCAAACGUGCUGGUACUGGGCCGCAACCCUCUGUCUGAGCAAGGUCUGGAGGAGGUGAAAAAACUGUUGCUGCUAGUCCUCGGCUGCGCUGUCCAGUGCGAGAAGAAGGAAGAACACAUUGAGCGUAUCCAGACUCUGGACUUUGACACCAAAGCUGCCAUAGCAUCCCACAUCCAAGAGGUGACUCAUGAUCAGGAGAACGUAGUGGACCUGCAGUGGUUGGAAAGUGGGGAAAUGCCUCCUGAGGACCUGGACAACCUCUCCAGAAACCUGGCUUUCCACCUCAAACGCCUGGUGGAUGACAGGGACACACAGCUGGAGACUAUAGUGGAGUUAACCCAGGAGAGAGACUGUGUGCAGCUGUCUCCUCUGGCUCCCUAUCCGAUCCAGUCUCCCGGUGACUCUCCCAGUAUGAGGAGGACCGAAAGCCGGCAGCACCUCUCUGUGGAGUUGGCUGAUGCCAAAGCCAAGAUCAGACGCCUUCGGCAGGAACUAGAGGAGAAGAGUGAGCAGCUCUUGGACACCAGGCAGGAGCUUGAGAUCAUGGAAGUGGAGCUCAAGAGACAUCAGCAAGAGAGCUACCAGUUGAUGUCGGACGCUCGGUCGGCGCGGGCCUACCGCGACGAGCUGGACGCGCUCCGGGAGAAGGCGAUCCGUGUCGACAAACUAGAGAGCGAGCUGUGCCGAUACAAGGAGAGACUUCACGACAUCGAGUUCUACAAGGCCAGAGUGGAGGAGUUGAAGGAGGACAACCAGGUCCUGCUGGAGACCAAGAGCAUGUUGGAGGAGCAGCUGGACGCGACCCGGACCCGCUCCGACAAACUGCACCUCCUGGAGAAGGAGGGUCUGCAGCUUAAAUCCAAGAUCCACGACAUGGAGAUGGAGAGGGACAUGGACCGUAAACGUAUGGAGGAGCUGAUGGAGGAGAACCUUGUGCUGGAGAUGGCCCAGAAACAGAGCAUGGACGAGUCCCUGCAUCUGGGCUGGGAGCUGGAGCAGCUGUCCAAGACACCAGAACUGACUGAAGCCCCUCAGAAGUCUCUGGGUGAGGAGGUGAAUGAGCUGACCUCCAGCCGCCUGUUGAAGCUGGAGAAAGACAACCAGGCCCUGCUGAAGACCAUGGAGGAGCUGAGAGGAGCCGCCAGUCAGGACACUGUGACCAAGCUGGUCAAAGUCAACCAGGAGAACCAGAGACUGAACCACAAAUUGGAGCAGUUGGGCAGUGAACUGACGGCAGACAGAGAGUCGCUCUGCAGCGCCGAGUCGCUGAGCACCGACCUGAUGAAGGAGAAGGCUUUACUGGAGAAGACUCUGGAAACACUCAGAGAGAACUCUGAGAGACAGAUGUUGGGUCUGGAGCAGGAGAACAAGCACAUGAGCCAGACGGUGUCGUCUCUGCGCCAGCGCUGCCAGGUCGGCGCUGAGGCCCGGGUCAAGGACGUGGAGAAGGAGAACCGCAUCCUCCACGAGUCCAUCUGCGAGACCACCGCCAAACUCAAUAAGAUCGAGUUUGAGAGGAAGCAGCUUCGUAAGGAGUUGGAGGUGGUGAAGGAGAAGGGCGAGCGAGCUGAAGAGUUAGAGCUUCUGUUGCAGAAGCUGGAGAAAAACAACGAGAGCCUUCAGAAGAAAGUAGUCAGUCUGGGCAUCACCUGUGAAAAGGUGUCUUCUUUGGAGAAGGAGAACAUGGACCUGGAGGCAGAGGGCCGUCGUCUGAAGAAGAAGCUGGACACCUUGAAGAACAUGGCCUUCCAGAUGGAGGCUCUGGAAAAGGAGAACGUCCAGCUGGAGGAUGAGAACCUGGAGCUCCGGCGCUCGGCCGAAACCCUCCGAUCCGCGGGCGCCAAGGCCGCCCAGCUGGAGGCCGAGAACAGGGAGCUGGAGAGCGAGCGGAGCCAUUUGAAGCGCAGCCUGGAGCUGCUCAAAGCCUCGUCCAAAAAGACGGAGCGAUUAGAGAUGAGUUACCAGGGCCUAGAUACAGAGAACCAGCGUCUGCAGAAAGCUUUGGAGAACAGCAGCAAAAAGAUCCAACAGUUGGAGGAAGAGCUGCAGGAGGUGGAGAUGGAGAAUCAAACCCUCCAACGCAACCUGGAGGAGCUCAAGAUCUCCAGUAAACGCCUGGAGCAGCUGGAGCAGGAGAACAAGACUCUGGAGCAGGAAAGCUCCCUGCUGGAGAAGGACAAGAAGCUCCUGGAGAAGGAGAACAAGCGGCUGAGGCAGCAGGCCGAGAUCCGAGACUCCAAGCUGGAUGACGACAACCAGCGGAUCUCCUCAUUGGAGAAGGAGAAUCGCACCAUGGGCAAGGAGAUGAUCUUCUUCAGGGACUCCUGCACGAGAGUCAAAGACCUGGAGCGCGAGAACAGGGAACUGGUCAAACUGGGCACCAUUGAUAAGAAGACCCUCAACACACUGCGAGAGGAUCUUGUGAGUGAGAAGCUGCGGACUCAGCAGAUGAAUAAUGACCUGGACAAACUGACCCAUGAGUUGGAGAAGAUUGGGCUGAACAAAGAGAGGCUGCUGCACGACGAGAGCUCCGACGACAGGUUUAGGCUCCUGGAAACCAGACUGGAGUCGACUCUGAAAUCGUCCUUGGAGUUUAAGGAGGAGAAGAUCGCCGCCCUGGAGGCCAGACUGCAGGAGUCGUCCAACCUCAACCAGCAGCUACGCCAGGAGCUCAAGACGGUGAAGAAAAACUACGAGGCACUGCGUCAAAGGGAGGAGGAGGAGAGGAUGGUGCUGAGCUCGCCCCCUAGAGGAGGAGAGGACCCUCAGCCUGUCAGUAAAUGGGAGAAAGAGAGUCAUGAGGCCACCAGAGAGUUGCUGAAAGUCAAAGACCGACUCAUUGAGGUGGAGCGCAACAAUGCCACGCUGCAGGCUGAGAAGACAGCCCUGAGGAGCCAGCUCAAACAACUGGAAACUCAAAGCGCCAACCUGCAGGCUCAGAUCGUGGCGGUGCAGAGACAGACCGCUUCUCUCCAGGAGAACAACACGACGCUGCAGACGCAGAACGCCAAGCUGCAGGUGGAGAACUCCACCCUGAGCUCGAAGAGCGCAGCCCUCAUGGCCCAGAAUGCCCAGCUGCAGAGCCAGCAGAGCAGCGUGGAGGGCGAGCGCGAGGGCGCGCUGAAGGAGAAAGAGGAGCUGAGGUCCACCUACGAGCUGCUCCUCCGCGAUCACGAGAGGCUGGCGGCGCUCCACGAGAGACAGGCGGGCGAGUUUGAAGCCCUGAUCGGGAAGCACGGGGGUCUGAAGAGCUCCCGCAAGAGCCUGGAGCAGCAGCACCGGGACCUGGAGGACAAGUACAAGCAGCUUCUGCAGAGGAAGGGAGACCUGGAGGAGCUGGAGAAGAAUCUGAAGGAGCAGCGGGACAAAAUGGCGCUCGAGAAUCAAACGCACCAAUCCACAGCUGACAAGUACAGACUGCUCAAAGAAGAAAAUGAUAGGCUUAAUAAUAACCAUCGUCAACUGAUGAAGGACAACGAGAAUCUCCAGCUGGACCACAAGACCGUGAAGAGCCAGCUGAACAGCGCCAAGCUGGACCAGACCAAGCUGGAGGCUGAAUUCUCUAAGCUGAAGGAGCAGUACCAGCAGCUGGACAUCACCUCCACCAAGCUCACCAAUCAGUGUGAGUUGUUAAGCCAGCUGAAAGGAAACCUGGAGGAGGAGAAUCGCCACCUGUUAGACCAGAUCCAGACUCUGAUGCUCCAGAAUCGCACUCUGUUGGAGCAGACGAUGGAGAGCAAGGACAUGUACCACGUAGAGCAAAGACAAUACAUAGACAAGCUGAAUGAACUGAGGAGACAGAAAGAGAAGCUGGAGGAGAAGAUCAUGGACCAGUACAAGUUCUACGACCCCUCCCCUCCACGCAGGCGUGGCAACUGGAUCACUUUGAAGAUGAGGAAGCUGAUCAAGCCGAAGAGCCGCGAGAGAAUGCGCUCUCUCACGCUGACCCCCUCUCGCUCGGAGUCUGGCGACGGCUUCCUGAUGUUUCCCCAGGACAGCCAGGACAGCUCGUCCAUCGGCUCGGGCUCCAACUCGCUGGACGACCCACUGACGCAAAAGAGGAGCAGCACUUUAAAAAGGUUGCCUUUCAUGAGGAACAGAUCCAAGGACAAAGACAAGGCCAAGGCCAUCUACCGGCGCUCCAUGUCCAUGAACGACCUGCUGCAGACCAUGGCGGUGGCGGGCGGUCCCGGGGACCAGUGGGCGAGCAGCAUCGAUAACCUCGACGGCGCCGAGGCCGGAGACGCCGGCAUGACCGUGGGCAGCAGGCGCGGCGGGCAGCGCAUGAAGGAGCUCGCCUUUUCCACCAACGCCAUCGACUGCGCCGCCCUCACCCUGCCCACGGCCGGCCGCAGCAGGGCCAAGCUACGGCUUCAGGUCAAAGAUAACGCCUCCUGUGAAGAUGUUGCCGGCUCCUUAGACGACCCCAAGAGUCGCGGCCUGCAGGUGUACAGCAGGGCUCUGUGUCCUUCUCCUGUUGAGCUGAGCGUUAUGUGCAGAGUACCCUGUGGCAUCUGUUCCUGCAGACCCACCAGUCUCCAUAGCAACAGGACCAUCAGUAGUAAUAGUAACAAUAAUUCCCACCUCACUUCUCCUCUGGAGGGCAAAGGCGCGCUGAACGGCAGCCUCAGCCGGCCUCACAGUGAGAGCAGCGGGGAGUUCAGCCUGAGUCUGGACCAGGAGGUGUGGUCCAGCAGCGGCAGCAGCCCCGUCCAGCAGCCCUCCUCCUCCUCGCGCUCCUCCCACCAGAGCCCCAUGCUGCUGCGCAGGUCGGUGGACCCGUCCACGGUGGCGGCAGGCGGCGCCGGCGCCGGCCUCGCCCACGGCACCAAGGAGGUGCUGUCCCUGCAGCAGUUCCUGGAUGAGGGCAUUGACCCUGCAGAGUCCGGCAGUCAGGAGAACCUCACCGUCGACUCUCCUCGCCUCCCCACCGCUUCUGAGCACGUGCAGAAGGAAGGCGCGUUGCCGAAGAGCCGAGGCAUCUUGCGCUCAUCCAGCGGGAAAGCGGCGCCGGGCGGCUCCGACCGCCCGCCGAGAGCCGGCGGACAGCCGGGCCGCCCGACCCUGCGCAAGGCGGAGAGCACCCGCGUGAGAGGCUCCGCCCCGCUCCGCUCCAGCCUAUCGUCGCAGAGCAAAGCCACGUCGGUGUCGGGGCGCCUGGACCUGGCGUCCUCCACGCUGCCGCGCGCCAGCAGCGUCAUCUCCACCGCCGAGGGCGCCGCGCGCCGCACCAGCAUCCACGACCUGCUCCGAAAGGACGGCCGGCAGCCGGCGUCCGUCGACACCGCCGCUCCCUCCGCCAGGGCCGGGGUCCGGUCCCCGCCGACACCCAGUGAGUACCACCCCGGCAGCACCAGCCUAAAGGGACCCCUUACCGCCGCCGCCCCCCUGCCCAAGUCCCUCAGCUUGCCCUGCCACAGCUCGGAGGAACCCGACCUCUCCACCCUCCAGUCGUUCCUCGGCCCGUCCUUCACGGUGGAGUCUGUGUUCAUGGACUCCAUCUUCAGUGAGUCGCUGGGCAAAACCCCCCCCUUCCUGUCUCUGAACCCCACCCUAGUCAGCAACAUCAGCGGGCCUCCUGUUCCAAAUAAAACGCUCCCUCCUCCUGCCCCCAGCCGUAGUACCACCCCCAACCAGGAUCCUCACAGCCAAUCAAAUGGCCAGGUGCGAUCCAGCCCAGCCAGUCUGAAAGGGUCCAGCGAGGGCGUUGACCCGGGGGGGGUGAAUAGUUCUGACCCGUCCCUGAGCCCGGAGGACAAACAGUCGUUGUGGUACGAGUACGGGUGUGUGUGAGCUCUGGCUGAAGCCUCUGCAUGUCUCUCGCUGCGCUGUUUGUUUUGCUGUUUUGAGUUUGCCUCGGGGCCGAUCGGUGAAUCGAGUUUUAUUUGUUUGAUUUUUUUUCUCGUUCUUUUCUCUGAGGUGGGACUGUUCUUUCCAUCCGACAGCCGUCUCAUUGUUUCCUCGUCCGAUCUGUUUCCCUGGCUCGCACCAGGCCAUUCUCUGCAUCGUAGGGGUUGUUGUUCUGAGUGUUUGUGUUUAUGCAGCGUUACAGCGAGUAGGAAUACUGGAGCGUGUCACCAGGAUGCAUUCAAACAUAUUCCUACAGAUCUUAAAGGCAGAAAUAAGAUGGAAAGCAAAGCAUUGUGGGACGUAUCUCGUCGCCGCAAAUCCAAAGUGAGAUUUUUCCAUACGUCGGAUAAUAGAUUCACUUUUCACUUCCUGUUCAUCUUGGUGGUUUAUGGCUGAUUGUGUUUUUCCCUGCUUUGUGUUUGUUCUGGUCAUCGUCCUCUAGACUGCAUGGCUGGUCAACCUGAAACACAUUUUGAUGGCUGUGGUCCAAACGGUUGUCGUGUUUAUCUUUUUGUUUGUUUUUGCCGUGCUGUUUGCUUUUGUUUCUGUACAUUUGACACCUGUUCUGUAUUUAGUUUUUAUGUCGAACGGACAAAAUGAUGACGCUUCAUUCCUAAAAUAAUCCGAAGGAAGCGAGAGUCGGUUGACAGUGACGGUAAAAGAGGUAUGAGGGGGAUUUAUCAUAUUUUAAAUUUUGUUGUCAGCCCUGGAUUGAGUUCUUAAAACAGGAAGUCCAUUUCAGGUUGUUUUGUGAAUCAAGCGAACAUCAUUACUUUUGGUAAAAGACGCACCACAAAGUGAGACCGGAGAAUAUUUGACGAUGUAUUUUUUCCGAUGUAUUUAACCUUUAAGUUAUAAUCCGAGACGAGCGCCGCUCGCUCCGCCUGCCUCUCGACCCGUAUUUAUUUCUGCUGUUGUGGAUUUGAAUUUGCUUGAAUGUGUUUAUCUGUAUGCAGGUGGUAAGCUCAACGUCUCCAGAUGUAACACACACACAUUGCCUUUGUCCUACAGAUGUGGAGGGCACAAAGUCUAAAAGCAGGAGCGGGGCGCCGCCCCAAAGCUGCUAAACCCCGCCCCCCCCCUCCCCCACACACACCCGCUGCUACCAUGCUGCGAGCGCGUGGUGAGUGAGUGCUGCUCGGGCGGGAGGAAUCGGGUUGGGGGGGGGGGGGGUAUGGUCUUGUCUCCAUGGGAACCUAAAACAUGAUGCAACAGAUGUCGUCCAUCCUGCCAUGCACUUGCUUCCCCUGGUCCUGUAAAGUCCCCCCCCCCCCCCCGAGUUCUGUGAGCUGCAGCACCUCCCUCCUCCUCCUCCUCCUCCAUGACGCUCCUCGUCUCCUGCUGGCAGAACACAAGUCGGCCCUUUGCUGCUGCACGGCUUCUGUGUAACACUGAAAUCCGCCCCCCCUUCCUGUUCCCCCCCCUUCCUGUUCCCCCUUGACGAGGCAUGUGGAUCCAGGCCGGUUGCUUCCCCUCCGUCUCCUCUGGUCAUGUCUGCUGAUCCAACUCCUGACUUUAAAUCUCUCCCUUUUCUCUCUUUCCUUCUGUUUUUCUCAGUUCUUUGUUUCAACGUUUCCUCUUUUACUUUCUAAUCUGUCCAUUGUUCUCUUCUCCUUCUCCUUCUUCUCCUCCGUCCACUCCUCUUUGCCCAGUUAAUCUGCGGAGAGACCGUCUGCAGUGAGAACAGAUUGUAUAUCCCAGUUUCCCUUUUUCUUCUUCUUUUGUUUGAACGCCCCAGGACGCUUCAGUAGAGAAACGCUCCACGCUCCCUUUCUUUAGUUUUUUCUUCCUUGAAUCAAGGAAACUGAAAAGAAAUACGAGAACAUGUCGCUGUGACAGUUUGAGCUCUCGAUAAGGACUAAAGCGUGACGGCCGCUCGGUGUGCGCCCGUCUCUCGGGUCGAGUGCCAACGUUCACACGUCGGCCAAAAGGGCUUCGAACCAGACCGACGACGACGACGACAACGACUCCAUUUGUGGAUCUUCUGUGCAACUUUAAACUCCGGACCUUCUUCUGCCCGACGCCAUGAUCACAAAAGUCUUCUUGUGGAUGGGCAGCGUGUACGAGCGGAGAGCGGCGCCGCCGCCGGGCUCGCACUAAAUGUUUUCAGAGCACGUCGGCGCCAAAACUUUUCCCACUCGACCGGCUGAAAAAUCACAAUCUGCACGGAGCGAUCAACCGGCCGGUCGACCCCACUUCCUCUUCAUCCAAUCGGAGAGGAGCGCCGCCGCCGCUCGGCGGGGGUUUGCCAAAUGGACUCGGACGUGAAGCCGUGACAGCCGUGUGGUCGCCGCCUGUUGCCUAGCAACCACGAGUGAAGGCGUGUGAUCUGAGAGAGACACGAAUCAUGGGAGUGUUCCAGGUCACCUAAUGCCGACGCACACACACACACACACACACACACACACACACACACACACACACACUGUUCCUCUUAGCUUACAUCCUAUAUCUCUGAGACCUCACAUCUCAUUUGUCGCUUCCCAUCCUGCUCUGAAAAGGAAAUGAACAGUGAAAGCAGCGAGCGGUUGGCGUCGUGCUUUCGUAGCAUCGCGUCUCGACUUCCCUGAGAAGACCCUCGGUGUCAGUGACCUUUGACCUACCCAGUACAUGCAGAUGUAUGUUGCUGUGUUGAACAUGAUGAUGAUGAUGGUGAUGAUGAAACCCGGUGUUUUCCUCCUUUUCCACUUUUUACAUAAAUCCAUUUGAUGUCAUUAAAAUGCAUCAAGACUUC